GAGCUGGUGAGGAGCUUCAUGUCCGACGGGAGGACGUACCUGAGACAGCUCAACCUGCUCAUCAAGGUGUUCAGAGAGCCCUUCACCUCCAGUCCCAUGCUCUACUCUCAGCAUGAUGUGGACAGUAUCUUCAGCCGAAUCGUUGAUAUCCAUGAGGUGACCGUGAAGCUGCUGGGGUUGAUCGAGGACACGGUAGAGAUGACAGACGAAGGAAGUCCUCAUCCUCUGGUGGGGAGCUGUUUUGAGGACCUAGCCGAGGAGUUGGCCUUUGAUCCCUAUGAGACGUACACUCAGGAAAUCCUGCGCUCUGGUUUCCAUGAACACUUCCUGAGUCAGGUGUCCAAACCAGGAGCUGCCUUCCACCUUCAGUCCAUCUGUGAAGGUUUUAAAGAGGCUGUUCAGUACGUCCUGCCUAGACUGCUGCUCACACCUGUUUACCACUGCCUUCACCUGUUCGAAAUCCUCAAGCAACUAGAGGAGAAGAGUGAGGAUGAGGAGGAUAAAGAGUGUCUUAAACAGGCCAUCACCGCCCUACUCAACCUGCAGAGCAGCAUGGAGAGGACCUGCUCAAGGAACCUGGCCAAGAGGAGACUCAGCGAGUCGGCGUGUCGCUUCUACAGCCAUCAGAUGAAGGGGAAGCACCUCGCCAUCAAGAAGAUGAACGAGAUCCAGAAGAACAUCGACGGCUGGGAGGGGAAGGACAUCGGCCAGUGCUGCAACGAGUUCAUCAUGGAGGGAACGCUGACGCGGGUCGGCGCCAAACACGAGCGCCACAUCUUCCUGUUCGACGGCCUCAUGAUCUGCUGCAAGUCCAACCACGGCCCGCCGCGGUUGCCGGGCGCCAGCUCCACGGCGGAGUACCGGCUCAAAGAGAAGUUCUUCAUGCGCAAAGUCCAAAUCAACGACAAGGACGACAAGGAGGGAGAGUACCGUCACGCCUUCGAGAUCAUCCUGAAGGACGGGAACAGCGUGGUGUUCGCCGCCAAGUCCGCCGAGGAGAAGAACGGCUGGAUGGCGGCGCUGAUCUCGCUGCAGUACCGCAGCACGCUGGAACGCAUGCUGGACUCAGCCAUGCUGCAGGAGGAGAAGGAGGAGCAGAUGAGGCUGCCGGGAGCAGAACUGUACCGGUUCACUGAACCGGACUCGGAGGAGAACGUCGUGUUUGAGGAGAACGUUCAGUCCAAGUCUGGGAUCCCCAUCAUCAAAGCCGGGACGGUCCUGAAGCUGAUCGAGAGGCUCACCUUCCACAUGUACGCAGAUCCAAACUUUGUCCGAACAUUUCUGACCACCUUCAGGUCGUUCUGUAAACCUCAGGAGCUGCUGGACCUGCUCAUUGAGAGGUUUGACAUCCCGGAGCCGCGGCCCAGCGAGGCGGAUCAGAUGGAGGGCGGAGAGCAACCGCCGAGCGCUGAACUGAAACGUUUCCGUAAAGAAUUUGUUCAACCCGUCCAGCUCAGAGUGCUCAACGUGUGUCGCCACUGGGUGGAGCAUCACUUCUACGACUUCGAGAGAGACGCUCACCUGCUAAGACAACUGGAGGAGUUCAUCGCCUCCGUUAGAGGUAAAGCGAUGAGGAAAUGGGUGGAAUCCAUCACCAAGAUCAUCCAGAGAAAAAAGCAGGUUCAGGUGAGCGUGCCCAGUCACAGCAUCACCUUCCAGAACUCUCCUCCUCCCAUCGAAUGGCACAUCUGCAAACCGGGUAACACCGAACCGUUCGACCUCAUGACGCUGCACCCCAUCGAGAUCGCACGCCAGCUUACCCUUCUGGAGUCUGACUUUUACAGGGCGGUGCAGCCCUCAGAGCUGGUCGGUAGUGUUUGGACCAAAGAGGACAAAGAGCUCCACUCACCGAACCUGCUGAGGAUGAUCCGACACACCACCAACCUUACACUGUGGUUUGAAAAGUGUAUUGUUGAAACAGAGAACCUGGAGGAGCGCGUGUCCGUCGUGUCUCGGAUCAUAGAGAUCCUUCAGGUGUUUCAAGAACUAAACAACUUUAACGGCGUCCUGGAGGUCGUCAGCGCCAUGAACUCGUCUCCGGUCUACAGACUGGACCACACCUUUGAGCAAAUCCCGAGUCGUCAGAGGAAGAUCUUAGAGGAGGCCCACGAGCUCAGCGAGGACCACUAUAAGAAAUAUCUCGCCAAACUGCGCUCCAUCAACCCCCCUUGUGUGCCCUUCUUUGGUAUCUACCUGACCAACAUCCUGAAGACGGAGGAAGGAAACCCCGACUUCCUGCGGCGGCACGGCAAAGACCUGAUCAACUUCAGCAAGAGGAGGAAGGUGGCCGAGAUCACCGGGGAGAUCCAGCAGUACCAGAACCAGCCGUACUGUCUACGGGGGGAGAGCGACAUCAGGAAGUUCUUCGAGAACCUCAACCCGAUGGAGGACAUGUCCGAGAAGGACUUUGCAGAUCACCUGUUCAACAAAUCUCUGGAGAUCGAACCUCGAAACGCCCGCUCUUUGCCUCGCUUUGCCAAGAAGUACUCCUGUCCUCUCAAGUCUCCGGGGAUCCGCCCUUCUUCGGCGAGGCCCGGCACCAUGCGUCACCCGACGCCGCUGCAGAACGAGCCCAGGAAGAUCAGCUACAGCCGCAUACCUGACAGUGAGGCGGAGGGCGUGGCCGUCUCAGCCCCCAACUCCCCACGCACACCGCUGACUCCGCCCCCAGCCUCCGCCGCCUCCAGCUCAACAGACGUAGGCAGUGUGUUCGAUUCCCCACAGGGUCCCAGCAGCCCCUUCCAUUCCACCUGCGACAGUAUCUUCUCUGUGGUCUCUCUGCCUCACGGUCCACGGUCCUCCUCGGUCUCCUCCAUGGUGAGUUUCAGUCGUGGUUCUGAGGAGGUUCCUGUUCCUCCUCCGGUUCCUCCUCGCAGACGUCCUGAGUCGGCUCCUGCUGAGUCGUCUCCGUCGAAGAUGAUGUCACAGUUGGACAGCCCCCCGCAGUGCCGCCGCGCCAGCCCACCUGUAAGCUCCUUCCCACUCGUUACUCGUCGUUGUCGUCGUCUCCCCCGGACAGCCCCCCCUCUCUGCCUCCUCGGGAACCUCUUAGCUCCCCCCUGCACCUCCUGCCCCCCCUCAGGGCCGCCCGCCCCGCUGUGACCUGCUGCCUCAGGCCUUCUUCCCUCCACCUCCUCUCCCUCCCCCUGCGUCAGCUCCGCUCCCAUUGCCUCCUCACCCCCCCAUCCCGCCCCCGUCACCCCCAGU